AUGGCAAGCGUGCCUGUCCGCCCGCCAUUCGAUGUACGCUACAAGAAUGGCAGUGGUCUACCCAGCCCCGACCAGACUUUUGACCUCGAAGCCGCACGAAAGAUGAUACUGGCCAUGGGAAAUAACAAAGAAUUCGUUGCCCAACAGCAACGGGAAUACCAACAUACCACUCUCAUGGCUCCCGGCGUUAUCGGUCCUAGUCACCAUGCAGUAACCAUGUCGCUUUACCAAAGCACCCACAAGAUGAGUCGCAAAUGGCCUACCGGAAGGCCAGUGGUCUAUUAUGUUCACGGCGGUGGGCAAGUAGUCGGGGACCGAUUCUUCGGUGUCGUGGACGCCAUGACGCACUUCUCGCCUGCCGACGAUGUCAUCUUCGUGAGCCCCGAAUACAGGCUGGCACCUGAAUACCCGGCGCCCGCCGGUGCAUUCGACGUGUAUUCAGGACUCGUUUAUCUUGUCUCGCACGCGAAAGAGUUGGGCAUCGAUCCGGCCAGAAUCGUCCUUUACGGGUGCUCAGGCGGUGCAGGCGUCGCGGCAUCAGCAUGCUUGGCCGCGCGUGGACUUGAUGGUCACAAAGUCGCUGCGUUGCUGCUCAACAUACCGAUGCUGGACGAUAGGCACGAGGAAUAUGCGAGUGCAAGCCAAUUCCGCACAGAGACAGUAUGGCCCGGGUGGUCGGAUGAGUGGGCCUGGAAUGCUAUCUUGGGGUCGUCGGAUAGAAACGAUCCUGAUGGCAUAAGGGUUGCUGGUCGCGCUGAAGACCUGUCGAAUCUGCCGCCAACAUUUAUUGACGUUGGUGCCUGUGAAGUUUUCAGAGACGCGGCAGUCAGGUUUGUGACGAGGAUAUGGCAGGUUGGAGGUACCGCAGAGCUACAUGUUUGGCCAGGAGUGUACCAUGGGGCCUCGGGGUUGGAGCCGCACGUUGCUGUUGGGAGAGAUAUGGUGCGUUGUCAACAAAGAUUCCUGCACAGAGUACUGCAGAUGGAUGAGGAAUCAACGACGAACGCCUGA